AUGCCACCACUACCAUACCAAAGCUCGUCCAAGUCAGCACGAAGCUCAUUGAGGGCGACACGAAACUCAUCCUCGCCGGCACGGGGCGUCGUCAAGCCAAGUGUUGUUGUCAAGCCGCGAAGACGGUCGUCCACGUCGCGACAAUGCCGCAGCUCAAGAGACAUCGGGUCUAUUAUGUCGCCUAAGCAUCCCGAGUCACCCAAGGUCAUCGUUGAGCCACUCGAGCCCUUUAUCGAGCCACCCGAGCUUUCGCAAACUGUCAAAAACCUCGACGAUCUACCAGAUGCGUCAGAUGUGCCAGACGAUCCCAAUGACCCGAAUAUCUCAGAUAUCUCAGAUGUCCCAAUUUUCCCAGCUUUCCCAAGUCCUCUCGAGUCCUUACAACAUAGACCCACGAGUCGUGACAAUAACAGGCCAUUGCAGCUUGCAGUCUCGCAACCUAGUUAUCUCGCCCAGCUCCAGACUGAAAAUCCACACAAGACUUUGGUGAGACUCGACAUCGACAGCCCCAAGAUAAAAUGGAAGUUGGCAAUCAAGGAGCUCCUUCGCCGUUGCGAAGAGCUGCGCAAGGUCUACCCCAGCAUCACGCCCAUCGGUGCGGGCAUCACCGACCUCCGCCGGCGCCGAAUCGCACUGUUCAGCGAGCACGCUGCCGCUCAUGAAGCCCCCGAUUCCAGUGCGGAGAAGCCCACAACGUUCAUCCGUUUUCAGCGCGAUGGAAAGGACACAUUCGCUGAAUCCGACGACAAGGACGCGAUCCUCGAAUGGGUUUCUGCCAUCCCCGAGAAUCAGCCUCCGCUGUCCGUGCAGACCAAUGGGACCCUACGCCCUGCUGGAAGCACAUGGUCGAUGAGUGUCAGAGCGGGGCCGGGUAGGAUGAGUGUAGGGUCCGGCAUCUUCUAUUCGGGCUUCUUUGCGGAUUUGCCUUUCAGCGUGCGGGGGCAAUUCACAUAUUCGAAAGGCCAGGAAGAUUCAUUUUUGGCAGAUUUUUCUCUGGGAGAAGCAAUGUUCGGGGACCAGCAAGGAUCAGUCUCCUGGGGGUCUGAAACUGGAACAACACGCUUUCGUAGCCCUUUAACAUCACUGUUUUAUGCUUUUGGAGGACGAUUGUUCCGUAAUCUCUCACAAGGGCCACGAUGA